AUGAUUUGCCUUGCCCGCAUAUUACAUCCCAUGUCAAAGUCCCAAACAAUCGCUUUGGCAUUUGACGUCAAGAUCGACCAGUACGAUCCGUCAUCCAACUCGUACUUCGAGACGCGAAACCAGCUCUAUCAGCUUACGAAUGAUUUGCUCGACGGCAACUUUGCCGGCCACACGGUAGAGGAGCUCACGGCGUUACAGGAAAAGUACGACCACCUUUCGCAGCUAUACUACACCCAUUUGCAGCACUCACGGUUGGAGUAUAUCAACAACCAGUACCAGAAGGCGGAGCUCCAAAAGAAGAUUGAGCAGCAGGACGCAAUCAACGACGCACAGAAGCAGCAUACUGACCGUUUACGGGAGGCGAUUAGACAAAAUAAGCUCUUGAAGGGCGAGAUUAUUAAAAAAGACGUUGCUAUCAAGCAGUUUCAGAAGGAAAGCUGUGAAUUAUCUGAGCUGGAGGUGAAGGAGUUGUUCCUGGAUGUUGGGUUCCUUUCCCGAGAGGAUAUCUUGAAGAAUGCGACGAAAGUAGGUGAGAAGGACAGGACCCCAGAAGCCCCAGAGGAUGAGGAUACAGCGAUGGAAACUGAGAAUGAGGCCGAGGCCCGCUACCGUUUCACCAAGAUCAAAACAGAUGUGUCGACCAGCGAAAGCAAACUCACAAACAAGUGGAUCACCCAAGAGAUCAAGGAAAUGCAGGUUAAUACCAUGGAUCUUAAGGAGAAGUGGCAGAAGAUGGUGGAGCGGUUUGAAAAAACGGCCAACGUGUGGAACGAAGAUGAGUAAGGGAUUUGGGCAGAAACAAAAAGGGUAGUGUCGCAAGUGAAACCGCUCACGUUUUGUAUCGUUAUUAAAGGAUAUUUGUCUACGGUAAGCUGGGAGCUACGGUCUGUCGCCGUUUUGUAUAGUAUAAUGAAAGAACUAGGGUAGGUUACCGGGAUAAAUAGAACCCAAAUGAACUUAGAAGAAUCUGAGAAUGCCGCGGUUCAUUUAGGAUAUAUGUAUAUAGAGAUUAUCAAUAAUUUCUGUCGGUUUAGGAACCAGAAUGAAACUUGG